AUGCGCCGAUCUCUGAUUGGUGGCCGAGGUCACGUGCGCGGAGGCCGAGAGGAGGUGUUUGUGCGCGCGAUCAGCGAAGGCUGCGGAGCGUGCGCAGUGAGAGGCCUAGGCUGGGGGCUCAGACUGACUGCAAUGUCUCAUUGCAUUGGACUCCUGUCCAUUGCCUCUAAACUGAACUUGCUGGUUUUGCUGCUUUCUGCAUUGUGCUUCUGUUCAUGCUUAAGUGACAGAAUUCCAGAGUUUGCCCUAACAAAAACAGAAGAAAGUGACUUAAAAGAAGAGAAUGGCAAAGAGUCAGUAGCAGAGGAUGAUCUUGAUCCUGAAGACUUAGAAGUGUUUUACCCAACGUAUCAGUGGCAAAUAGUCCGUCCAGGUCAGGCUGUUCCUGCAGGGUUACAUGUGCGAUUAAAUCUUCAAACAGGGGAAAGAGAAGCCAGGCUUCUAGAUAACAAAAAUGAAAAAAGUGACAUGAAAGACCAGAAGAAAAGGAAAAGGCUGGAUGAGAUGCAUAUCAGCUCAAACUCAUUUACAUCACAGGAACUCAAAGAGGCUUUGGCUAAAAUGAAGGAAAAAGAAAAGACAGAAAGCACAAUGGAACAAAAGGCUAAUCUGGAAGAUGUGAGACAAAGGUUUCGUCCCAUAGAAGAGCUGAAGAAGGAGUUUGAAAAACUCAAUAUGAAGAUAGAAACUGAUUUUGAAGUUAUGGUUAAAUUAAUCAACAAAUUCAACAGCUCUACUUCUACUCUGGAUGAGAAAGUAGCAGCACUGUACGACCUGGAAUAUUAUGUUCAUCAGGUGGACAAUGCGAAAGACUUUCUUUCCUUGGGUGGACUUCAGCUUGUGAUUAAUGGACUAAACAGCACCGAGCCUGUGCUAAAGGAACAUGCUGCCUUUGUCCUGGGAGCUGCACUAUCUAGCAAUCCCAAAGUUCAAGUGGAAGCAAUUGAGGGUGGUGCUCUACAAAAACUGAUGGUUAUUUUAGCUACGGAACAACCAUUGUCUGUGAAGAAAAAGGCUCUCUUUGCUUUGUCUUCGAUGCUGAGACACUUCCCCUAUGCCCAGCUGCAGUUCCUCAAGCUUGGUGGCCUUCAAGUACUUAGAAAUCUCUUCAAAGAAAAAGGCAUGGAGACUCUCUACAUACGUGUUGUGACGCUGCUCUAUGACCUGAUUGUAGAAAAGAUGCUGCUUGAGGAUUCUGAGAACAAGGAAGACCAAUUGGAAGAGAAAGUUCAGCAGUACAAACAAGUGAACCUGGUGCCAGCUGUGGUGGAACAGGGCUGGUGUGUGAUUAUUUCUAACCUCCUGGCAUUGCCGGAGCAUGACACUCGAGAAAAAGUUCUAAAAACAGUGCGCGUUCUGAUGGCCGCCUGCAGGGACGGAUACCAAGGGGACUAUGCCCUCAGCACCACGCUGAGCAUGCUCCGCACUGAAUACGAAGAACUGGCAGCAGAAGAACAAAGGGAAGGGGACAAUGAUGGCUAUUUUAAGGAACUCCUUAGCUCUAUAAAUACCAUUAUUCAGGAGUUAAGACCUGGAUAUCUGUAAUCUGACUGAGCUUAAAAAAAAAUAAGUCAUGAUAACCUGGUGAAUUUUGACGGAUAUGCAUAAACAAACUAUUGAGUAAACUGCUGGUCAAAGCAAAAUCCCUCCACAAGGCAAGUGAGCCAACAGCUCCAUUAUUAAAGAAAGAUA